UUUCCCUUGCUUUGAUAUUGAAACAGUCGCUUGUUUUGUUUCCGACUAAACUUGUUUACCGUCUGCUCUCGAUAGCAUUAUGUGGCUGAUUGUUCCGCUGCUUCCGGUGCUCCUGCUACUUCCGGUCAUCUGCAGUUUGCAGUUGUACCGCGUUCCACUGCGUCGCUUCCCCUCCGCCCGCCACCGAUUCGAGAAGCUGGGCAUCCGGAUGGACAGGCUGCGCUUGAAGUACGCCGACGAUGUGAGCCAUUUCCGCGGGGAAUGGGACACGAAGGUGCGGAGCACCCCGCUGAGCAAUUACCUGGAUGCUCAGUACUUUGGACCCAUUUCAAUCGGAACUCCGCCGCAGAGCUUCCAGGUGAUCUUCGACACGGGCUCCUCCAAUCUGUGGGUUCCCUCGUCCACUUGUGCACCCACCAUGGUGGCCUGCAAGGUGCACAGUCGCUACUUCUCCAAGAAAUCGAAGAGUCACCGGGCAAAGGGUGACCCCUUUGCCAUCCAGUACGGCAGUGGCAGUUUGUCGGGAUUCCUCUCCACCGAUGUGGUUGGCGUGGCCGGGCUGCUGAUCCGGGACCAGAUCUUUGCGGAGGCCACCGAGAUGCCGGGUCCCAUCUUCCUGGCGGCCAAAUUCGAUGGGAUCUUCGGUCUGGCGUAUCGCAGCAUCUCCAUGCAGGGCAUCAAGCCGCCUUUCUACGCGAUGAUGGAGCAGGGUCUGCUCCCGAAGGCCGUUUUCAGUGUCCACCUGAGCAGGAAUGGCGAUAGGGACGGCGGAGCCAUAUUCUUUGGUGGCUCCAAUCCGACCUACUACAGUGGCAACUUCACCUACGUGAAGGUGAGCCAUCGAGCCUAUUGGCAGGUGAGAAUGGACUCGGCCUCCAUCAGAAAUCUGGAGCUGUGUCCGCAGGGCUGUGAAGCCAUCAUAGACACGGGAACCUCCUUUCUGGCUUUACCCUACGAUCAAGCCAUACUCAUCAAUGAAUCCAUUGGGGGAAAGCCAUCAUCUUAUGGACAGUUCUUGGUGCCCUGCGAAAUCGUCUCCAAGUUACCCAAAAUGACCUUCACCCUGGGAGCUCGUCAAUUUUCCCUGGAUGGUCACGAGUACGUCUUCCGGGAUAUCCACCAGAAUCGAAGGAUAUGCUCGUCCGCCUUUAUUGCCGUGGACCUGCCUUCGCCACGAGGACCCCUCUGGAUUUUGGGGGAUGUCUUCCUGGGGAAGUUCUAUACCGAAUUCGACAUGGAAAAUCAUCGCAUUGGCUUCGCAGACGCCAGGAGCUGAGGCCACGAAUGCUGUUUGAUGUGCUCCUUGUUAUUUCACCGACUGGUUGCCAUAACACGCGGAAAAUCCUGCAAACAAAAAGGAAAAACAAACUCAUCUUUUGAUUUGAUAGCUGGCAAGUACCCUGUAUUUAUUUAGGGUUCUCUUCCCU